CCCGCCCACGGCCCUCGUGUCCGACUUCAACAUGGCGCACUACAACUUCAAGAAGAUCACGGUGGUGCCGUCCGCCAAGGACUUCAUUGACCUGACGCUGUCCAAGACUCAACGCAAGACUCCGACUGUGAUUCAUAAGCAUUACCAGAUUCACCGCAUUCGGCAUUUCUACAUGAGAAAAGUCAAGUUCACUCAGCAGAACUACCAUGACAGACUCACCCAGAUCCUCACGGAUUUCCCUAAGUUGGACGACAUCCAUCCCUUCUAUGCUGAUCUGAUGAAUAUUCUCUAUGACAAGGACCAUUACAAGUUGGCUCUGGGACAAAUAAAUAUUGCCAAAAACUUAGUGGACAAUGUUGCCAAGGACUACGUGCGGCUCCUAAAGUACGGGGACUCUCUAUACCGCUGCAAGCAGCUCAAACGCGCUGCCCUCGGCCGUAUGUGCACUAUCGUCCGGCGGCAGAAGCAGAGUCUGGAGUAUUUGGAACAAGUGAGGCAGCAUCUGUCCCGUCUGCCAACCAUUGACCCCAACACUCGGACCCUGCUCCUGUGUGGCUACCCUAAUGUUGGCAAGUCCAGCUUCAUCAAUAAGGUGACGAGAGCAGAUGUGGACGUGCAGCCAUAUGCAUUCACUACCAAAUCUCUGUUCGUGGGCCACAUGGACUACAAGUAUCUACGUUGGCAGGUGGUGGAUACGCCUGGGAUCCUUGACCACCCCCUGGAGGACCGGAACACCAUUGAGAUGCAGGCCAUCACAGCUCUGGCCCAUCUGCGCGCUGCUGUGCUCUAUGUGAUGGAUCUAUCGGAGCAGUGUGGCCAUGGGUUAAGGGAGCAGCUGGCGCUCUUCCAGAACAUCCGGCCCCUGUUUGUCAACAAGCCUCUGCUGGUCGUUGCCAACAAAUGUGAUGUGAGGAGGAUCGCUGAGCUGGCUGAGGAUGACCAGAAAAUCUUCGCAGAGCUGCAGGCACAGGGGUUUGCCGUGGUGGAGACCAGCACCCUGACUGAGGAAGGUGUGAUGAAGGUGAAGACAGAGGCUUGUGACCGGCUUUUGGCUCACCGAGUUGAAGCCAAAAUGAAAGGGAACAAGGUGAAUGAUGUGUUGAACCGAUUGCAUCUUGCUGUGCCCAACAAGCGUGAUGACAAGGAGAGGCCCCCCUUCAUCCCAGAAGGGGUGGUGGCACGCAGGAGGAAAAUGGAUACUGGAGAGCCCAAGAAGAAAAGGGAACGUGAUCUGGAAGUGGAGAUGGGAGAUGAUUACAUUCUGGAUCUCCAGAAGUACUGGGACCUCAUGAAUUCCUCCGAGAAGCAUGACAAGAUUCCUGAGGUCUGGCAAGGGCACAAUGUGGCCGACUACAUCGACCCAGACAUCAUGCAGAAAUUGGAAGAGCUGGAGAAGGAAGAGGAGCUCAGAGUGGCUGCUGGGGAGUACGACAGCGAGUCUGAGAGUGACGACGAGGAGAUGGCGGAGAUCCGGCAGCUGGCCAAGCAGAUCCGAGAGAAGAGGAAGCUGAAGAUCCUGGAGUCGAAGGAGAAGAACACACAAGGGCCGAGGAUGCCGCGAACGGCCAAGAAGGUCCAGCGAAACGUCAUGGAGAGUGAGAUGCGUCUCCUUGGCGUUGACAUGGACAACAAGGACAAUGCCUAUUAUGCGGUCCAGGCCAGGAGGUCUCGCAGCACCACCAGGAAGAGGAAGCGAGAAGAAUCUGUCCCACCCUCUUCCGUGGCCCGCAGCCGCAGUUGCUCUCGAACUCCACGGGAUGUGUCAGGUCUUCGAGACGUCAAGAUGGUGAAGAAGGCCAAGACAAUGAUGAAGAAAGCUCAGAAGAAGAUGAACCGUUUGGGGAAGAAGGGGGAGGCUGACAGGCACGUGUUUGACAUGAAGCCCAAACACCUACUGUCAGGGAAGAGGAAAGCGGGGAAGAAGGACCGCAGAUAGGGCCGGCAUGCCACAGUGGCUUGGCCAGCUGCAGGAAGAGCUACAGCAGCCAGAACCCAUCACAAGCUGGUGCUGGGCCCUCAGCGAACUAGAACAGCCACUUUGAACCCGUGCUGUUAUCUGUAUCUAAUAGUUUUAAUCGGGUUUAUAAAACCGGAAAGAUUUGAUGAUACAGUUGUUUUUAAUGGGAAAAUUAAAAACAACACAUUGACCACACAAGAUCAGACCUUUUGAAAGCAACAACCUGAGACCAGAGAGAUUGUAUGAGGACGUAGUACUUGCCUUGCUUGCAACAGACAGUGGUUCUAUCCCUGCCACCCUGUAUGGACCCUGAGCACUGAGCCAAGUGUGGCCUCAAAAAUCUUCUCUAUAGGCUGGAGCAAUAGAACAAAGGCUUUUGCCUUGCAUGUGGCUGACCUGGGACGGACUCGGGUUCCAUCCCCAGCAAACCCGUAUUGUUCCCUGUAUUGCCAGUAUCACCGUAUUGCCAGGUGAUUUUUGAGCUCAGAGCCAGGAGUAACCCCUGAGCAUUGGUGGAUGUGGCCCCCCAAAAA